AAAAGCGACCAGGUGCCUGUCGUUGCUUCGAGUUCGCAGGGAACCUCGAAGGAUUAUCCUGAUGCGGUUCAGGCCCAAAGAAGCCCGGGAGCAACGACCGAGCCGGAGAGAUCAUCGCAGGCAUCAUUUCCAGAUGAAUAUGGGAAGUUCAUCAAAGUAGUCUAUUACAACAAAACUAGCACCGUUCAACUAUAUGAAAAAAAAGCAGCCGCGACUGAACCGAUCUCAUCACCAACAAAAUCUCGACGGAACUCUAUGUUCACGAAAUUGAGACGUGCUUCUAUGCCCAAGGCAACAAUUAGGGAACUCUACGCAGUCAAAGUGUUUCAUGAAACCAAGCCCGACUCACGUCAGGUGCUUCUUUCUCGAGACAGAAGUGGAGACUCUCCACUUUCUCAUCCUAAUAUUCUCUCAAUCAUCGAAGUUCUGUACAACAAGCAGGGUAAUCUGUGUCUCGUCAUGCCAUUUUGUAUUGGAGGCAACCUGCAUACCUUUUUGCAACGAGAAGCCAGAGCAAAGGAAUAUCUGCCCGUGGAGGAGGUCGACUGUUUGGGUGUUCAGAUCUUGCGUGCGGUCGGCUUCCUCCACGAAUGGGGUAUAGCUCAUGGAGAUUUGCGACCAGAACAUGUACUCCUCACAGGCCGAAGCGCGAUCAAGGUGAGUGGCUUUGGGGAAGAUGAAGAUGCAGUACGGAAACUUGUUCGACUUUUGAAUCAUGGAAGUUCCACUUCGUCUCCGUCGGGACUCAAACCUGGAGAAGUCGCAGAAUCUAACUCGAAGCCACUUUUGUGCAUUCACAGAGGGGUUUCGGAGCCAAGUACUCCGUAUCUUCCUCCAGAGAGGUUUUCCAGUCGCCGUGACUCUGUUCGUCAAGGCUAUACACAUCAACACAUCUACGAUAUCCGAGCCGGAGACAUAUGGGCAUGCGGGAUGAUCUAUAUGUUGUUACGCGCUGGCGAGCUCCCCUGGCGUAGCGCGCAGAGAAUUGAUCCUAAGAAAUCCUACUCUGAAUACCUUCACAGUCGUCUGAAAGAAGAUGGGUAUGGCCCCAUACAGGCUCUCGAAAUGCACUGUCGGAAUGUGGUCUAUGCCAUGUUACAUCCGGAUCCGGGGCUGAGAAUCACCGCAGAAGAAAUCUUGAGAUCUGAAUGGGCUCUUUCAACUUCAGUUUGUGAGAUUGGAGAGAAGGGGUUAUGA